UUGGAAUCUGCUAGACUUAAGUUCAGAUAGCAAGUUCAUAUACCAAAUCUGAUAAUGUUUAGCUGGAGGAAUUCCUUUUUAUAAUCAGCAAGCAUGUACUAAGUGCCCUCUGUGUCAGGUAUUAUAGAAACAGAAGAGAUGAAACAGUCCUUGGCCUUGAAGAGCUUACACAGUAUUAGAAUAUAUAUUUGUAUACAUAUACACAUAUACUAUAGAUGUAUGUGUGUACACACAAACAUACCUACAAACAUGCAAAAUAAAUACAAGGUAAUUUGGAAGGACAGACACCAGCACCCUGGAGGAAUCAGAAGACAUGUUCUGAAGACCUCCCUUCUCCCAAGAAUUCUGAAGGAAGCUAAGCUAAGAAGUCUUAAGAGGUGAAGGUGAGGAAGGGAGUACAUUCCUGGCAUGAUGAAGGGUGUUACGUCCUCCAGGGGGAGGGUCUAAUUUUACUUUGGGUUUUGAUGAGCCUAGUGAACAACCAGUGAGAAGAAACAAAAUGGCAUCUAAUAUUUUUGGAACAUCUGAAGAAAAUCGACCUUCUUGGGCCAAGUCAGCAGGGGCUCAGUCUAGUAGAGAUGAUUCUGAACCAUCUGGGCUCCAAAGAAGAAACUCAUCUGAAGCAGGUUCUGGAGAUUUUGUAGGUCCAAAGGGAGAAGGUGAUGUUCAUGAAAACAUGGAAGUUGAUUUACAAGUUGACCUGGGACAGAAUGAAGAGAAAUCUGUGCCUGCUGCACCUGUUCCCAGUCCAGUUGCAUCAGCACCAGCACCAGCACCAGCACCAUCCAGAAGAAAUCCACCUGGUGGCAAGUCCAGCUUAGUCCUUGGUUAAAUAUGACUUUUUUUUUCCUCCCCUCCAUGCUUGUGAACUGCACAACUUGAGCCUGAUUGUACAUCUCUUCAAAAUUUCUUUCAUUAAAAAAGCACUUUAUGUACUGCUGCCUUUUUUUUUUUAAGAAUUAUUAUCCCCAUUUUCCAGGUCUGCAGGCCAUGGCAUGAGUGUUCUCUAGUAGGUUGCUGAGCGAACACUUUAUGAAGCUUAGUGAUGUGUUUUCAAGAACUAAAAACUCCGUUCUACAUGUGUUAGUUUUUUGUACCUAGGUGGUUUUUAAAACUCCAUUCUUGAUCAACCUUAUUGAUCAAACGAGGCUCAAUAGACCCAUGUAAACAGUCUGAAGGUACAGUUCUUCUCAGGCCCCCGAAACACAAAGUUGACUUCAUCCAAGGCUGUCUCUUUGGUUUCAAUCUAAUUUAUCCUGUAAAUAGCCUUUGCUACAAGCAUCCACACUUUUCUGUGCCAUACAAACCCGUAAAGAGCCCUGGGCCUCAUGCCUUGCUGACUGGAAAGCAGAGAAUCUGUCUCUAGAUUUUGAACACAGGAACUAAACCAGGAGUAAAAUUGAUGUCUGAGCCUAAGGCGGAAAGGAGUUGAGUGUCCAAUUGAAUUUAACUGGAUUCAAAAACAGUAGAGCAAGGGGAGUGAAUCAUACAGAAAGUGAGUAUUCAUCAAGGAAUGUAUCCUGCAGGGGUAUUUUCCCUACAAAAUGAUUCAGUGCUGUGUGCAUGAACAUGCUGGUGCUUGACCAUGAAGUGAAAGUCUCAUCUUUAAAAUGUGUUGUAAUUUCAUUAAUCUGGGCUGUUUAAAGUAAACAACAGAGAAGUUUUGAA